UAAGAGUGGCGGUAGGGAAAACAAAAAAAAAAGAUUCCUUCUCGUGUUUCUCUUGUGAUCCCGACUACUAUAAUUAUCCCACUUUUAGUUAUUUUUCUUUUCAUACUCUUAGCAAGCAUCAACGAGCACAAGAAAACAAAAAAAAAACAUGAGCGACCCUAGCAGCCAAUCUUCAACAACGAACGGUGGCGGCAGUGGUAAUAACGGCGGAGGUGGCGGUGGAAGUGGCGGCUCCUUUGGGAUUCAGCCGCAGAGAUCAAAAGUGAGGAAACAAGUGUGGGCUGGAGUUCUUGGCAUCUCUUCCGGCUCCACCAACAAUUAAUAUUCUAUCUUUUGUAUCUUAUUCCACCGGAUGAUUAAAGAACAUGUCUCAUGAGUCAUGAAAGAUGGUGGUGGUAAUUAUUAUGCUUAGCUUGAUCUUCGUUCUCGUGUUAACUAUGUCUAAAUAACAAGGAGUUCAUCAGAGACCAUCUUCAUCGUCA